AUGGCCGUGUCUGUGUUGAACAUGAUCUCGAACUUUGUUACUCAAGCAACAUCCACCAUGAAGAACCCGAUGAACACUUCAACAGACCUUCUGGGUACUUCGUCCUAUUUUAUACCAACCACAUCUCAAGUAACUAACACUUAUCACCCGCAACAACCAACGUCACCACAGGACCAAGAGGCUUUCAUUGCAGUUGAUGCGGCCGUGGAGAACCCAAACUCAACACUAUCCUCCACACUAUCCUCGAUGUCUUCAGAAUUCUAUUCCAACACCCACGACCUCCUAGGGCCGCUGAAUGUCACUGAGCUGCCGGAGGACAUGCAGUUCAACGACGGCACUGUCAUCUUCAUCGCCUGCUACACCGUCAUCAUGGUCGUGGGGGUGGUCGGGAACAUGUGUGUUCUUCGUGCCAUCUUGGCGGGCUCACGGCGACACAGGAAGUCGCGGGUCAACUUCAUGCUUCUGCAUCUUGCUAUCGCUGAUCUCAUUGUAACGCUGUUAUGGCAGCUUUUAUUGCCCAUAGCAAUUGGCUGGAGCAGCUCGCGGCAAAUCUCAUUUGUAGGCUCAAUAGCCUCGAGUAUCGGUGACGUCGGUCAUGAUCCUGAUCUGCCCGAUCAGUUGACGUCGGUCAUGAUCCUGAUCUGCCCGAUCAGGAAGGAUUAUUGCAUGGGAAAUUAUUCGCGGCUCUUAGCCUGCAGCUGCUCCGUGCCACAGAUGUUGAUCUUCCACGUGGACAGCCACGAGGUACACCGGCACUACCGUCAGUGCGUGACGUUCGGUUCCUUCCCGUCCCUUCGUCAUGAGAUGGUGUACAACCUCUUCUGUCUGACGAUGUUAUACGUGGCACCCAUCACCAUCAUCGUCAUGUCAUACGGUGCCAUCGUCAUCACUAUCGUCCGCAAGACUAAACUCACCGCUGAUGAGAGCGUGAUCAGGAGAUCCGGCAUCGGCUACCUCGGCAAGGCGAAGGCGCGCACAAUCAAGAUGACGGUCAGCAUCGUCGCUGCCUUCUUCAUCUGCUGGACACCAUACGUCAUCAUCAGCUUGUGGUUUUGCUUCGCUCCCGAAGCGGCAAAAAGGCUGGACCAGCGCGUGCAGAAGACUUUGUUCGUAUUCGCCUGUGCAAACUCGUGCGCCAACCCCCUUGUGUACGGCAUCUUCAACUUCUGCAAGCAGAAGCCUAAG